GUGAAUAGACAUACCCUCGAAAUCCUAUCCACUUUCGAGAAAAAAAUUCGAAGCUAAACCGAAGCAUUCGAUAUAACAUGACACAUGUAAUUAGAAAAUAAUUGAACGAUGUAUGUACAUUUCUGUAUUCUGGCGGGUAUGCUUCAGCCCCAAACUAAUACCGAGAAAGGGAGCAGGUGGUUUUACACCCUUAUUCGAGCCAUCGAUUUCACGUAGACCGAUGCUAUUCAUUUACCGUCCCUUUUAUCUCCCGGAUCCCUUGACCUUGGAUAAUCUGUGGUACUGGUCUCUUUUAUAUGGAUCCAAGGCUGAUGGGAUCAAGGGGAACGUAUCAAUUGUUAUUAAAAAAUUCAGACGUGCAUUUAUAUUGCAUUUCUUUGAAUUGUCGCGACUAUCUAUUACUUUGGAUAACGAGGGUUUUACAGUACUUUGCUUAAAUCAUGAUCAUUUGCGCACGUUGUGUAUUUAAUAACGUUUCUCUGUAUCAUUUCUCAAGACUGUGAUAUCGUUGCGGUCCGCGCUGGACUCCUCGCGGGAAGAACUUCGUCGUCUUAAGGAGAGCGUCGGUGAUUUCUCUGGCGAGAGCUACGUUGACGUCGUCGAGAGGCUCGCUCUUGAGAAUCACGUCCUUAGGCGAAAGAUCCUAAGCAGGAACAUCUGUCAGGGCAAGCAGGCGCGCUCAUGGACGCGUCAAGGGACAAAGUGGUCGCGGACGACGCGUUGGAGGCGUCCAGGUCGGGCAUCGGGACGCGUAGCGGCGGUAACAACAGCAGCAGCAACGAGAGCCUCGAUUCCCAGUCUCGCGCGGCCGAGAAACCAUCGAAGGGCCGCUCGAGACCGUCGUCCAGGGAGCAGAGGUCGAAGCUCAUGGAUCAGGCGUCGAACGAGAUCGUUAAGAGCACGUCCGUGGAAGGUGGUUCGACCUCGAAGGAUGUCGAGGUAGAGGACGCGAACGAAGCGCAGGGCGAUCGUUUGGAUAUACCGGACAAGGAUUUGGAGGAUCUGAGCCUGAAGUCCGUGUCCGAUGGCGAGAAUUCGGUGUUCAGCGACAACCCGGACGCGCAGGUCACCCAGCAACAACAACGUCAGAAUCAGUCGGCCGAUCAGCCGAAGAUAAACGAUCAGUCCGAGAACGAGUCCGAGGAGCUAGACGACAUCGAGCUGAUAUUCACGACGGACGAGACCUGCCGCGAUCUCGGGCUGCAGGAGGACCUCGUGUCGAUAACGGAGACCGAAUCCUGGCAGCAGACCCCGGCCACCGGUCAGCCGGUGUUGUUGAAGUACACGAAGUCCGCCGAAGGGGAGGCUCUGGUCUGCAACGGCGAGAAGACCAGCUCCGUCGAGGAGGCGGUGUCCUCGCAGAGUUCCAGCAUCGAUCGCGAGGAGAGCGUCGAUAGAUUCGACGAGAGCUCCAGCACGAGAUUGAACAAAAUGUGGUCGCAGUGCUCGGUGUUGGUCGAGACCGAUAUCAGCAAGUGCGGCGUGGUCGAGGAGCCGGAAUACCCCACUAGACACGCGGUCAGGAGGAACACUUUGGCUGCACCACCCACCGCUUACAGGCCAAUCAUCCACCGAGAAGCUCUGGCAGGUAGUCGCCGGAAGAGCGCCGCUCCACUGAGGCCAGUGAUGGACAGAAUCAGUGGAGCGAGAAGGGAGUCUGGUGCCCAGACGGACAUCUCCGCACUUCCGGCGCAUUGGCGUUCCGAGAGCUACCUCGCGCACAAAGUGGCUCACACGUUUACCACGUUGCCCAGCAAAUUUGCCUUGCCGACAGGAGUCCCCGGAAGACUCCGACUCUCCGACAAGACGCGGGAAGCCAGAAGAGUGAUGCUCUCGGACAUCAGUUUCACCAGCAUGGUACCGGAGUUGUCCAGAAGCGCCGAUCACCUCUGUCACGAUCCACACGCACAGACUUGUUUCAGUUCGCGCGGCUGCGGCCUUCGUACACCCGACAUGCACCGACGCGAAUCGUUGGGUUCGCCAGCAGGAUUCUGGUCUCGUUGCAAUCCCGGCACAGGACUCCCGAGUCCUUGCGACUGUCGCCUCUCCACCGAUCUCUAUUCCUCGCGUUACCGCGGCUCUUUGACCUCGAUCCCAUCGCCGGGGCUCGAAGUUGCCAGCGGACCGUCGCGAAGACACUCCUGGAGAGCGACCGCGGCAUCAUUCGACACGUGGAGAGUUCCUACGGCAACAUCUACUCCGAGACCGACUUGGUCCUCCAUGCCAUCGUCGCCUACCCACGUCCACCCGCCCACGACGUCCUCUAAGACUUCCAAAAACGUUCAGAAGAGAACACGAUCGAAAGUCACCUUUCAAGAGUGCCCAAUGACGCGAGGCAGUUUACCGAACCUGCGUUCGGAUUUGGUCGGCGGCGACAACAGCGGCGACUCGACCGAGUCGUUGAUCGACGAGGCAGAGGAUUAUUUGCGACGUAGCAUCGAUUCGAUGCUGACAGUAUCCAGUGCCGGUGUCAGUUCGGAUUAUUGGAACAAGCAAACGGCCAGACGGAGACGCGCACGACGUUACUCCGAGCCUGAUCUCAUCCGCGACUGGCAUCCACCUCAGGAUGCCAGACCGUACCUGCCAAAGAUACCGAGGGACCUUAAACUGGAUCACCUGGUGAAGGUUAUAUCGCCGGAAGGAAGGGUUCUUCAAGGACGAGUCAGAUACGUGGGACCUGUACCAGGCCGUGAGGAAGCGCACGUAGGCGUGGAGUUACCAUAUCUAAAUGGCUCCUCCGACGGCACUUUCCACGGUAGAAGAUUCUUCGAUUGCGAUCCUGAUCGCGCGAUUUUCGUACCGUUCAAGAAGGUGAUACUAGCGUGGUGCACCACUUGACCCGAACCAUCGAACAACCUGACGACACCACGAAUUCUGUUGUCUCAGUACACGAUGUGAAUUUAAACUGCGCGAUCUCCAACGAUUUCAACUGAUACGUGAAAUCCCUUUGCAUCGUAACGACCACGAAUCACCGUUUUACCUGGACGAGGGUAAGUUCUUGCCGAAAGAGACAGCUUCGAAAAUUCCACGGAGGUAAAUCUCGAGAAUCGUCGCGUUUCGAUCGUAAAUCACAAUCCUUUGAUCAACUUAGUCCCUUAGACCCUUGUUUAGACCUUUGUUCGGUGUUUUCUCUUCUGCGGAUCGGACGAUAUGUGAUAAAUUUUUGUUAUUAAUUUCUUCUUCUUCGUUACGAAUCAUCGAGGAGAAUUUCAAUCGGAACAGUUGGAAACUCUGGAUGGCAAAGUAUCGCGAACGAUCGAGUAUAUUUUGUGUAACCGUAGCUAUCAGUGUAGAACGUACUCUUGCAAGUCCGGUUGCUGAUCUCUGAGAAACGAUUUCCGUGUGAAAAUGGAUAAUCAGUAUUAUUAUUCGCGUAAAAUGCACAAAACUGUAUCGACGGAUCUCUCGCGAUCAGAGAGGGGAAUGUUGUUGAAGAAAGUAGACGUAGCCGAGAUCGUACUGUUCCCUUUGUCGUCGCAACAGCAAUGAAGGACUCGCUAUUGUCAUUUAUCAAUUUCUGUUCGUUCUUGUCCCGUGAUGAAACUUUGCCGACUGUUUUACAGCGUACACGUGUGAUACAUUCAAAAAAGAAAUACGUACUCGAUGGAACGGAUAGUACGGUAGGCAUAUACGAGACUAUUUUUGUAACACUUUGAGAUUAUAAGGUUUACUUGAAGGAAGACGAGAAGCAUGCCCCGGGAAACUGUUUAUUAAUUGUGCCUGUGACAAACGUUUCGCGAACAGAUUUUCAGUUAAAUUAAGAAAGAACGCGUGUAUAUAUCUUCUAGCAGAGUUCAAACUAGUAUUCGAAAUAGAAUGGAAACUACAGCUUGGGAAGAAAACGUGGACAUCUCUAAUGUCUGAAUAGAAUUUUUCACGGAUUUUCCUUUUGCCGGCGAGAUGAAAUAUUUUCUGUACGAUAGAUCUAUAUUCGAUCGAUAUCGCGCGAGUGGUUGUUCAUUGGCGUUUUGUCUUUUUUAAAAUACUUUUAUGACGUUUGUGAUAAGUUUAUCCGAUACAUCGUACAAAACUGAAAUCGUUUGUAUAUAUUUUAUUUAUUUGUUUAUUUUUACGUCGGUUUAAAUGGAGAUGCUCGAUUAUUAUUGGGCUAUUAAAGAUGGAAGGAACAAUUGUUUUUUUUCAUCCCCUCCUUUCAAAUUGAACAAUUCUUCUAUAAGAAACUUACUUCUACCUUUAAUAGUCUGAACCAUACGACCAUGCAGAGUGAUUCUAGGAAUUAGAACGGAUUGUUUUCCUUCUUAUUAAUCUAAAUUGACGCUCCAAAUUUUACGUAGAAAAGUAUUAUGAUUUUAGUCCAUUCCAGUUCCUAAAAUCACGUCUACGAUAAGAUUUUUUAUUACAAUGCUUUCUUGUAGAUCUUUUACAUACAGUUUACGUUGAACAUUUAACGUUUACCAUAGUUUCUAGUUUUAUUGACUGUUUGCUCGAUCAUUCUGAACGACAUUCGAUAUAGAAGGAAUAUAUGGCACACACCGAGCGUUACCGAAGUGACAAUAUCGAUUCCUCGUUGCGGCUCGGAACUAUACAAGAGUCUUACCUCGCGAUAACACCUCAGCAAUGAUAAUCAAAACUAUCGAGUGUAGGUGCAGGUGUGUAAACGGGUUAGCGAGAUUGCCGUGGCACAGAAAUUCACGCGCAGCCCAAUCAAGCUGUCUGUAAUGGUGGGAUCAAGUGUGAUACGUACACUGUAAACGCGUGAAUUGAAAUCGUUGUGCCUUUUCAUUCGUUACAGUAGCGAUCCGAGAUUCGAUUGUACUUGGUAUUAUUCGGUUGGCAUUGGACACAUGGUUGGACAAUGAUAAUCCAUCGAUUAAUCGUUAGUUAUCACACACACACUUUAUAUGUAUAUUCUAUAACUUUUCUAGACUGAGAAAUACCGAGUGUAAGAAUGUAAAACGAUAGUCUGUCGCCUGUGGUACAACUGCCAAUUCUGACAUACAAUAUUAAUCCACAAUAUCAAACGUGUGGAAACGUUCAUGGGUUUCGUUAGGCUUCGAUUAUACCGGUAUAGCGAAGAGCACCACUGUAGGCAUCUGCAAACCAAAUGAAGCAUUCUUAUCCCUUUCAGCUAUAUUCCUUCAACCGUCUUUUCGCUGUUAAAGUGGUUCUCAAUGUAUUCUUUGAUCAAUAUCUUCUAAAAUACAAGUUAUUCGUACUAUCAGUUAUCAUUUAACUUUAACAAGGUUACAUAAAGAGCACAAGUAUCAGCAUGAUUCUGUUUACUAUAUACUUGAUUCCAUCAUCACGGUAAAGGCAAAAGAUUUUGUUUGCUCGAGGCUAUCGAUCGAUCAACUUCCCUCGAUUCAGAACAAAAGCUAUGAUCAAUUUUAGGGUCAGUUUUCGAUCGUCUAAAAACUAAAUUUGACGAGUACUGGCCCGACGGUCAAGGUGUUGAGUACGAUUAACGUGAUUCCCGAUCAGCGGAGUUGACCUUUGAGGGCUGAAAUCUUUUGUCUAAAUUCAGCUGUCGCUGCAAUUUUUCGAUCAGACGCCUAGGUAGUGUUAACCUAGAUUACGUGUAUUAUAGGAAGAAAGAAAGGUCAGUUCCCAGAUUAAUCACUCGACGUAUGGAAAUUUAAUAGAACUUAUUAAACGUAACACACUCCGAAAAAUGUCUGGUCUACUUAAAAAACUGAUCUUUCUCCUUACGAUACACCUGGCUCAAAAAAAACUUGCACAACUUCUGACUAAAAAAUUUUUACCAUCUCUGGCACGUGCAAGUUUUUUUUCGAGACCACUGUACACACGAAUCUGUGCAUAAAAUAUUUUGAGAGGCUCGUCGCGAAUAACGACGCCGGAGAGUAACGCGUUCGCAGGUAUAAUAAAACAAAAGGGAAUUCACACUUGGAGGCUAUACAUGUACCCGGUAUAUUACCGUCGAGCAGAGUUUUAAGCAUUCAAGAGGCUACACGACAUCCUGUACAAUUCGAACUGUGUAUAUCUUAAUCGCUGUGCAUCCGUGAAAAGAACAUAUUUAAACGCGUGUCUGUGUCCGUGUCUGUAUAAUCCGUGCAACAUUUAAACGGCACGAUGUUUCGUGGUUCGAGAGUAUACAGCGUAAUAAUGGAGUUAUAGUUAGGGUUAAUCGAUAGGUGUCUUCGUCUUAAGAGGUCGGAAACGUCGUUUAACACGUUGAGAAAUUCAACGGUUGGGGGUGUGUCGGUUUUGUUUCGCACGACUGGCUCGCGUGUACUGUUCGGAUCAAAGGAGAUAAGACGUCGCAGAUUUAGCGGGAAUUUAUCGCGAGACACCGACGCGUUUCCCGAGAAACUCGCUGAAAUCGUGUUCGAAAAUAAUUCCGUUCCGUUGGACGCGGUUCGAUCCCGUAAGCGUAUGCCAAACAACCAAAUGAUCCGUGGAAACGUAUUAAAACGAGAAAUUAUAUAAAAAUAUUCGAAGUUCGAUUUUUGUUUGAACGUUGAACGUAGGUAUCUUUAAAUAAAUUUCGCUCGAACUUUUCAACGACCUUCGAAACUUUCAACGGGAAUGUUUAAAAACGUAUAGUUAUUUUUAUACUGUGACGCCGAUAUUCUUGUCAGUAUGCGAUUCAUUGUAUAUUCAUAGAAGUUAUGGAGCAACUCGUUGCCGGCCGUUCGCGGUUGAUUGUCAUAAUUUGAGGUAAUAACGGUAUUAGAAUCAAGGACAGACGUCGUCCGUAAUCUGCCAUUAGCGUCUCGUUUCCCAAGAAACUCGAGUUACUCAACUGGAAUUGCAUCCACUGUGAAAAACAUGGAAAAACUGUUGCCCCCCCCCGUGCGUAAGAAGGACGAAUAUCAUCGAUCGUAGAUGAGGCUACUUCUUGUGCACAGUGAUUGGUGCUUGUAUCUUUGUCUCGUGGCACGUCCCGGAAUCUGGCUAAUUCUUGUAACAUUCGAAAAAAAAGAUUCUUUUCGCCUUGAUAAUCCAACAACAUACGUAUUUCAGAAGUUCCACGUUUCGGGAUUGUCACACAUUGUUCACUCUCUGUUGAUAUAAAUUACAGUUAUAUUUUGCAGUACAGAUUUUGUUAGAGUCUGUAGAGAUAGGAAAGAGUAACGAUUACAUAGUAGUAACGAUGGAUAAUAAUUUUUAUAUUCGUAUUGUUUUCGAUUCUCGUCGAAGAGAAUCGGUUACAGGCGUUUAGCUGACUUUAUCGAGCAGUUGUACCUGGACUACAUUAUUCGUUCGCGUAGACCGAUUCGGUAUCAACGAAUUAAAAAACUACCUAAUAAUUUUGCAUCGAAUGAGAAUGAAAUUAAAAAGCGAAACGUGCCUCUGUGUAUCAUUGGAAUCGGUCGAAACGUUAAAUAAUUUUAGUUGUAUUUUUAAAAGUAUAUUAGCAAUUUGCAUCGAUUUUCUUCGAACACUUAAAAAUACAAUAACGCGAACGUCGGUCAAAAUAUGUAAAUUCGCGAGAACGACCGCGGUACCAUGUAGCUUUAACGUCAGUAUUAUUAUCGUUUAUUAUCUUCGAAGCAAAAAGCCGUGCAAUUAAUUCCGUUCAAUCUUUUUCCCGCAACACCUGCCACGAGGCGCACGGUUCUAACGUCUAGCAGCAACUUCGUGGAUAGCAAACAUCUCGCGUGACUGGUAAAUUUAGUUAUGCUAUACGAAGGCGAUACCAUCUAACCGUACGUAAUAUCUUUUGUUCGGAGAAAAGAUCAAAAAGUUCGAGAGAAGUUAAACUCCCGCAAUCUGCUUACAUUUCAAUCGCCGCUUAACUAACGGAAUCGCAUACAUUUUACGCCAUUUUACGAGAUAGCGAUCUUUACGUUACCUCGUAUAACGUUUCAGAGCGAACGAACGUUCGAAAGUUUUAUUUUGAUAACAAAAUUAGAUUAAAAUUUAUGUAUCACCGUAUGAACCGUUGCUGAACCAAUGGUUGUACGAAAAGUCAAGUGGCACCUUUGCAUUUGCGUAUUUUAUUUCGUUAUUUUAUCGAAGAUAUUCCCAUACUUCCGUGUCGGUGGAUUCACACAAAUGGACCAAUGUUUCGAUUAUAUUAUGCAUUUCGUACAAAACAUGAUCGAAGAUCUUGGCAUUCCUCAGUUGAUUGUACUUUCGAAAUAAAUUCAUUGGCCUAAUAACAACGAUCGCGCGUUACGAUAAUAGUAUUUUCUUAUUAUUAUAAUGUUAUAUGUGUAUUAGGUCAUCUCAUGUUUUCCCCAUUUUUUAGCGGGCAAAAAGUUUGAACAUAUCGAUGUACUAAAAACGGUAUUCAAUUUUAACAAAUUCUAAAAUUCCAUGGUAUAUUUCUUUAACACUAAACCUAUAUAUAGGAAUUGCUGAAACUUCUUUGGAUAUGUAGAGUAAAAGUAAAUGUUAAAAUAAACAUAGAACACAACAUAAAUAAUAAUAGUUUAUAUGCUCAUCGGAUAGGGGAUAAAAUGCCCUUUAAAAUGAGCGUUCGAACCAGUCGAUAGCUUCGUUAGUUCCGAAGAUAUAGCGAUUUUAGUUUCGAGUCGAUGCGGUGGCUGGUUUCCGAGAUAUAAGGGUCCGAAGCGUUUGUUUACGUUUCAUUCGGAUCAAUGAACUCGCGC